UGCAUGAACCGGCAAAAUUGUAAGCUCAGUUUCGUGUCUACGUUUAUAAUACGUAGAUUGUAUCCAGUUCAGUAUUUUUUGUUGUUUGUAGUGUUUUACAAGUCUAAAAUGGGUUACAAAAGGAACAUCCAAGCCACACCUUUGAUAAGAGACAAAUGCAGAGAGUUAAUUUUAACCAAUGAAAAAUUACACAAACUGAUGAAAGUAUUUUUGGAAAACGUUCACAGAGGUUUGAAAAAAGAAACACACCCAACAUCGAUCGUGAAAUGUUUUCCAACUUACGUGCAAGAUCUUCCAAACGGAACAGAAAACGGCAAAUUUUUAGCCCUAGACCUGGGAGGUACCAACUUCAGAGUGCUCCUCAUCGAGCUCAGCGGCGAACACUUCGAAAUGAAAUCCAAAAUCUUCGCCAUUCCCCAACACAUCAUGUUAGGAUCGGGCGAACAACUUUUCGACCACAUCGCCGAGUGUCUGGCUAUUUUCGUCAAAGAGGAGCAAGUAGCCGAUCAAAAGCUACCUUUAGGUUUCACAUUCAGUUUCCCCUUAUCGCAGAAAGGAUUGACAGUUGGUUACCUCGAAAGAUGGACCAAGGGAUUCAAUUGCUCUAACGUAGUGGGAAACGAUGUGGUGCAAAUGUUGAACGAAGCUAUUGAAAGACGUGGGGACGUACAGAUUGAGAUAUGUGCUAUUUUGAAUGACACUACAGGAACACUAAUGUCUUGCGCUUGGAAAAAUCACUCAACACGGAUAGGUUCAAUUGUGGGAGUUAACACAAUUCUUAUUUUGGUAACCGAAGGUACCGGCUCUAACACUUGUUACGUGGAAAAACAAGCAAACGCAGAAACAUGGAGCGACGUGGAUAUGGGCUCUGGAAACGUACUGAUCAACUUGGAAUGGGGAGCGUUUGGAGAUGAUGGUGCUUUGGACUUCAUCAGGACCGAAUAUGAUGAGGACAUCGAUAGAAACUCUGUAAAUCCUGGAAAGCAAAAGCACGAAAAAAUGAUUUCCGGAAUGUACAUGGGAGAAUUAGUGAGACUGGCUUUAGAAAGAUUUACGAAAGAAGGUUUACUGUUCGGCGGAAAGGGAUCAGACAUGUUGUUCGAAAGAGGGCGAUUCUACACGAAAUACGUAUCAGAAAUAGAAAGUGAUCCACCAGGAGUAUUCAACGGUCUUAGAGAUAUUUGUGAAGAAUUAGGACUUAAGCACGCCACAGAACAGGAUUUCAUCAACAUCAGAUACAUCUGCGAGUGCAUAUCGAGAAGAUCCGCCCAUCUAGUGUCUGCUGGUUUGGCUACUUUACUUAACAAAAUGGACGAGAAGAAAGUCACCAUUGGCGUCGACGGAUCAGUAUACAGGUUUCACCCACAUUUCCACAACCUCAUGAUGGAGAAAAUCAAAGAAUUGGCCGAUCCAAGUAUAGAGUUUGAUUUGAUGCUUUCCGAAGACGGCAGCGGUCGCGGAGCGGCUCUAGUAGCGGCGGUGGCAGCAAGACUACAAAAAGAAGCAGGCCGAACAUAACAUCAGCUAGUUUAAAAUAUAAAUUUGUUAUUUUUUAUUAGAAAAAAACGAUUAUUCAUGAUUGAAUACAAACAAAAACUCAUAGAAAAAUGUUAAUUGGGUUCCUAUAGACUGCAUUUGUAGAUAUUAAACAUAAAAGGAAUCUUACUUUUUUCCCGUCGAUCCUCAGAUUUUUUUAAUCAUUGAGUAGUUUUUUUUGUGCCUGAGGAGUGACUUUUUAACCCUCUUUAAUCACUAUGUGACUAUCAGAAGCUAAAUCCUAAAAUUUUUAUUCGAGCUUUUCUUACUAAAAUUUCAGGAUUCAAUAUUUUUAUAAAAUUAUUCUGUACUUAUCAAAACCAACCUCGGAAACAUUUUUGAGUUUUCAGUCGUUGACAUCUGUCAAAUGCGCUAUUUUUGGAUGAAAUACGUCAUUCGUGAGGUUAUAUGUUUAACUUUUUAUUAUAAAUAAAGUGAAAUUAACUAUGUUAUUUUCAUAAAAGUUCAUUUUAAACACUUAAGAAAUAUUUCAGUACAAAAUAUCAAAAGUAACUAUUAUGAUGGAAAGUAUUUCAAUUUAGUUUAUGUUUUAUAAACCUAAGACUUGUGACAAACUUCACACUAUGACGUCAUCAUCAAUGUAGCGUGUAGUAUGAGGUUGCUUUCCGGGGUCGGUUUGAUAAUCGAAAAAAAUUAUUUAUUUUAGAUUUGUUGUCAUUACAUUGUGAUUUUGCAUUGCCUUUUGAGAAAGAAUACUCCAGAAUGCAUUCAAACUAGUCUGAGUUAUACAUAAAAGCAAAAAUAUGUCCAUCUAGUUCAAAAAUGGCGGUAUGUAGAUGAAUAAGUUGCUGGACAACGUAUAUGUAAAUGCCAUGUUUGGACAAUUUGUAGUCUUAUCGUUUUAUUUCGUCAAAUAAUACAAUUAGUUAUUAAUGCGCAGAGGAUUUGAGUCUACGAAUCUCAAUUUCUUGUCGAUGACAUUUUUUAGAACUAAAAUUUAUUAAAAAAUCUAGUUUUUCAAUUUAUAAUGACUCACACGUCAGUGUAGUAACUGUAUUUCCUUUUUACUAUGUUUUGGACCGUCUAGAAAUACUUAUAUUGCUAUAAUGUUGUUUCGGUGUUAGAAAAUACCGAUUUGUCAGUUAAUAUGAUAAGAAAUUUAUAUUGCUAAUACGAGCAAAAUUCAAAAAUGAUAUCGAUCUGGAAAUAUAACUAGACACUGCGCAGUUGACGUUUUUUUUUUUGUAUAAACACACCAGUGGCAUCGGAAACAUAAGAUUUGUAUUUACAAAAAUCGAUUUGUACAAAAAAAUCAAUAUUUUAAACCUAAAAAUUCAUUUUUUUUUCAACUAAAAAACAUCAAAAAAAAAAUGUGCUUUUGUGUGCAAUUUCAGACUUUUCCACCUUGUUUUUAUUGAAUGCUGUAUAGUUUUUGCCAAUAGUAUGAUGUAAUAUGUGAUCUUAGCUACUAGAUCUACAACUUCUAUGUAUAUACACACAAUUUUGCGCGUUCGCUAUGGGUAAUCUAAGAAGCGGUACCUACUUAACGAUGUUUUAUACCAAGGCAAUGGUUUAUUUUAUUGUAAAAAAUAAAAAUAUAUAGUGUAGUUAACACGCAA